AUGUCAACCACGACCACAUCAACAAAACCAGGCCACGUCAGGACGCGAUUUCUCGUCAUCUCGGAUACUCACUCUAUUGCCCCUGCUGACAAUGUCGGAAACAAUGAUGCGUCCUUCCGUCCACCACUGCCUAAGGCAGAUGUGCUCCUACAUUGCGGCGACCUGACGAUGAUCGGUCUUUUGGAUGAGUAUGAAAAGACUCUUGAUAUGCUGGAGAGUAUCAACGCGGAUCUGAAACUCGUGAUAGCUGGUAACCAUGACAUCACUCUGGAUGAAGAAUAUUAUGCCAGAAAGGGCGAGAACAUGCACAGGGGCAGACACGACAAAGACCUACCUGCGAAGGCGAGAGAUAUGUGGACGGGCGAGAGAGCUAAGAGAGCUGGUGUGACCUACCUAGAAGAAGGAACGCAUACUUUCCAGUUACCGAACGGUGCCAAUCUCAGGGUCUACGCUUCCCCUUACCAACCAGAGUUCUGCGACUUUGCCUUUCCAUACUCACGCAAUGAAGACCGCUACAACCCCUCCCAUCAGUGUACACCGAACGCCAAACCGAUCGCCGAGAACCCUGUCCCAGACUUCCCCAGCAUCGAUGUUAUGAUGACCCACGGGCCGCCUAUGGGCGUCAUGGACGCGACAACAACGGGAGAGCACGUCGGCUGCGAACACCUCCUACGAGCAGCUCGACGCUGUAAACCCAGACUUUACUGCUUUGGACAUAUACAUGAGGGCUGGGGUGCGCAGAAAGUACGGUGGAACACCAACGGUCAGCUGGAUGUCAAGAUAGAAGAGCAUAUCGAAUUCGCUGAUGCUGUGGCUCUUGAUUGGGAGGCAAUCAUGGACGAGAGGGCUGCGAGUGUUGACGUUGGUCAAGGUAGCGACAACGCGGUUGAGUUUGGACGGGACACGCUGAUGGUCAACGCCAGUAUCAUGAACGUAACAUACAAGCCAUUGAACGCGCCAUGGCUUGUGGACUUGGAUCUUGAGCAGGCGUAA